AUGAUACUUGACAGAAGACAACCCCGCUUGCUCGACUUUCGGGCACCUCAUGCUUCUCCUUAUUCUAUCGAAAUCAAAUCCAGGCAAAACCCUGAUUCUACAACAAAUAUGCCCAACCCUUUGACGUCUGGCAACAGCAACAAUCAAUUGAAGACUGUUAUUGUGUUUGUUAUGUUGGCCGUCGCACUUCUUGGCCUUGCGACGUUUGUCAUCCGACGAUUUCGAAACAAACGACCCGUCACUACGAAUCAUUUUUUCAAUGUCGGCCAACAUUACUCUGCGUUCCUGCCACCUAGCGGUCCCUCGAUUUCUUAUCCUAUAGCUACCGGCAUGCCGCCACUCCUUCCCAGAAGCUUUCCCCUCAAUCGACAUCCAGAACCCCGUCACACAGCCGUCCCUGCCGUAUAUUUAGGAAGCGGGCAGCAUAUUAAUUCUGCAUAUGUAUCUGAUGGCUGGCGUAUGAUUGAAAGUCUGAGGUUGUCCCCACACGUCAGGCUGGGAGACAAAGACGCCCUUCCAGCGUACGAUAAAACUGGUGGCCCGCCCAAUUACGUCGAUUUGAAUGCUAUGCCAAUCCAGCCGGUUCCGCCACAGUGCGACGGGCGAAUAUCUCCGCCGGAAGCGCAUGAUCCUACUCAAGAGCGGGAUCUAGCGAAUAUUUCCGGAACAGAGGGGGAAGGGGAGGGAACACAGAGCAAUAUCGAACAACACAUUGAUCCUCUGCCAACGUCUUCAUCGACUACUGAGGAGCCUCCCCCCACUUAUCCAGCGCAGAUGCAACCGGUCCUCCUGGUGUAG